AUGAACGUAGUACUUCCAGGAGAUAGUCUUCCUAUAGAAAAUGACGCAAGCGCAUCAAUCUCUAUAGGUCCAGGGAUAUACAAAUCACCACAAACGCAAGAGAUCAUUCCAUCAUCUGCAGGAAUUAUUAACAUCAAAGAUACCAAACAGAAUACAAACAGAUUAAUUUACAUAGACUCUAAUUCCAAGAGAUAUAUCCCACAGACCAAUGAUUUUGUUAUCGGGAUAAUAACGGGUGUAUUUGGGGAAAAUUAUAAAGUCCAGCUUCAAGAUUUUCUGCAGUCAGUUCAACUCUCUAUGAUGGCAUUUCCAAAUGCUUCCAGGAAAAAUAGGCCUAACUUAAAAGUUGGACAGGCUGUCUACGCUAGAGUCUCCCAAGCCAUUCCUGAAAUUGAUGUAGAAUUAGAAUGCAUAGAUGCAACCACGGGUAAGGAAGGUGGUUUUGGAUUGCUUGACGAAUCUGGGUACAUCUUCAGUGUUAAUUUGAAUUUUUCCAGGGAGCUCUUGUUUAAUCAGAAUUCUCCGAUUUUGGAGAAGUUGGCUUCGAGGUGCAAGUUCGAAAUAGCCAUUGGAAUCAAUGGGAAAAUAUGGAUUAAAUGCGGCGAUGGUAUACCGAUACAGAAAGAGGGAAGUUCCAGCAAUGGUAACGAAGAAGAAGAUAACAAACAACAAAGCAAAGACUCCAGUAAGAAUUAUGUUUAUGACUUGAAGUGCACGCUCGCAGCAACCAGAUACAUUCAAAGUUGUCAACAUUUAAAGAGCGAAGAAAUUGAUGCAGAAUUGAAGAAAUUAUUUAAUUUUUGA